AUGGGCUCACCUGCACAAUACCACAGUAAAUUCAGGCCCGCCUAUUUCUUCUCUGACAGAGAGGCCAGCAACUUUGCCACCACCAGUAUUGGGGAUGCUGAACUGUGGGGGCUCAGCCCAAGGAGGGGUGGGAAUAAGGGGGACUGUGGCAGCUGUCAGGUCAUGAACAUCACUCCAGACCUCACGUUCCUGUACUUGGGCCUGUUAGGAGCUGUGACGCUGCUGUUUCUCAUCUCAAUGGCGGCACACUUGUCCCGAUGGACUCGCAGCAGGAGCAGGAGCAAGAGGCCUCCAGGACAGGACCGCUCCGGAGAGUCUGCGGAAGAGGUCCCCCUGUAUGGGAACCUUCAUUAUCUGCAGACAGGUCGGCUGUCUCAAGAACCACAGCCAGACCAGCAGGAUCCAAUACCUGGAGGUCCUGGCAGGACUGCAGAGGAGGUGAUGUGCUAUACCAGCCUGCAGCUGAGACGUCCUCAGGGCCGGAUCCCCAGUCCCGGAACCGCCAUCAAGUACUCUGAGGUGGUGCUGGAUUCUGAGCCGAAGCCCCAAGACCUGGGCCCGGAGCUGGAGCUCUAUGCCUCGGUGUGUGCCCAGACCCGCAGGGCGCGGGCUUCUUUCCCAGACCAGGCCUAUGCCAACAGCCAGCCUGCACCCAGCUGA